UCAAGAAGCCCCGCCUUAUAGUUUACUGAAUGCAAACACUAUUUUUCGGCCACGUCCAAGAGCACCGUGAUUGGCAGAAGAAAUAACCAACAUCCCUCAUUCGCCAUCUGUGAUUUCACGAGUUCAGUCGUAUGUGCUGUAGCUUAUGGGAACGGAGGUUGGUCUUGUUUAUCUGAACGGGUAGUUUCAUAGCCUUUAUUUCGGACAAAGUCGAAACUAAGUCAGUAGGGAUCUGGCAGUACAAUGAAGCCCUUGGACUUGUGCUUUAGAUUUGUGUGCAGUUUCAUUGCUGUUAGCACUGUCUCUGGAUUUUACCUUCCGGGUUUAGCUCCGGUUAAUUUCUGCGAAGAGGACAAACAAACCAGUGACUGCCAGAAUGAGAUCCAGCUGUUUGUAAACCGGUUGGACUCUGUGGAAUCCGUCCUGCCCUACGAGUAUGACGUAUUUGAUUUUUGCAAAGACGAACAGGAGAAGAGGCCCUCAGAAAACCUUGGCCAGGUGUUAUUUGGGGAGAGAAUUGAGACGUCACCUUACAAGUUCAAAUUCAGGAAAGAUGAACCAUGCCACACAGUGUGCACCAAAGAGUAUGAUGCAUCUAAACAGGAAGAUAAAACUAAUUUGGACUUUCUUAAGAGAGGCAUGGAGCUCAAUUACCAGCAUCACUGGAUUGUUGACAACAUGCCUGUAACGUGGUGUUAUGACGUGGAGGACAGUCAAAAGUACUGUAAUCCUGGCUUUCCCAUUGGUUGCUUAGUAACCUUUGAUGGACGAUCUAAAGAUGCCUGCGUGAUCAAUUCUGAGUUCAACAAGAAAAAUACUUUCUACCUCUUCAACCAUGUGGAUAUCACAAUAACCUACCACAGUGGGGGAAAUGAGAGUUGGAGAGGUACUCGGCUGGUUGGUGCUCGACUGGAGCCAAAAAGCAUUAAACACAGCGAGGAAAACAGCCAGUCGUGUGAAGGGCCGCCCAUGGACAUACCGAAAGAGUUCACUGGUCAUCUGAAAGUGACCUACUCUUAUUCAGUCAAGUUUGAGCACACAGAUAAGAUCAAAUGGGCUUCAAGGUGGGAUUAUAUUUUGGUGUCCAUGCCUCAUACAAACAUCCAGUGGUUUAGCAUCAUGAACUCUCUGGUCAUUGUGCUCUUCCUCUCUGGCAUGGUGGCGAUGAUUAUGUUGAGAACGCUACACAAGGACAUUGCCAGGUACAACCAGGUGGACCAGGCAGACUUGGUUAAGAUCAACCGACACUCAGGCUUUGCAUAUGAGGAUGCCCAGGAGGAGUCAGGAUGGAAGCAGGUACAUGGGGAUGUGUUCAGACCACCCAGGAGUGGCAUGCUGCUGUCUGUCUUUCUCGGGCAGGGCACCCAGAUUUUCAUCAUGACCUUCAUCACACUCUUUCUAGCAUGCCUUGGAUUUUUGUCUCCAGCGAACAGAGGAGCCCUUAUGACCUGUGCGGUUGUACUGUGGGUCCUCCUGGGAACACCUGCUGGCUAUGUAUCAGCCAGAUUGUAUAAGAGUUUUGGUGGUGAAAAAUGGAAAACAAAUGUUUUAUUGACAGCACUUUUGUGUCCUGGGAUUGUGUUUGCGGAUUUCUUCUUGAUGAACCUGAUUCUGUGGGUGGAAGGCUCGUCUGCUGCCAUCCCGUUCGGCACACUGGCAUCUAUCCUGGCUCUGUGGUUCGGCGUUUCUGUUCCUCUCACCUUUGUAGGUGCAUAUGUUGGCUUCAAAAAACCGAUGAUUGAAAUGCCAGUACGGACAAACCAGAUCCCACGGCAAAUCCCAGUGCAGUCCUUUUUUACCAAACCCAUUCCAGGCAUCAUCAUGGGUGGCAUCCUGCCCUUUGGCUGCAUUUUCAUCCAGCUCUUCUUCAUUCUCAACAGCAUCUGGUCUCAUCAGAUGUAUUACAUGUUUGGUUUCCUGUUCUUGGUGUUUAUUAUCCUCCUCAUCACAUGUUCAGAAGCCACCAUUCUGCUCUGCUACUUUCAUUUGUGUGCUGAGGAUUAUCACUGGUGGUGGCGAUCGUUCCUCACGAGUGGAUUUACUGCAGUUUAUCUCUUCAUUUAUGCUGUACAUUAUUUCUUUUCCAAACUUCAAAUCCAUGGCGUUGCCAGUACCAUUCUUUACUUUGGCUACACUACGAUCAUGGUUCUCAUAUUCUUCCUCUUCACAGGCACCAUUGGCUUUUUUGCUUGUUUCUGGUUUGUAAAUAAAAUCUACAGUGUGGUGAAGGUGGACUAAGGUGGGCAUCUUGGCACUGGACUCUCUGGACAAUGUAAAGAAAUGUCUUCAGUGUUCAGGUUGGCAGACUGUUGGAGAGAGACGUCCUUCUUCUUUGCUUGUAAACUAGAGUUUCACCCUCAUAGUUCUGUUUCUACUGUAUGUAAUUUGGUUGAGUUUGCACAAUUAACAUGUUUGAAGACUUUGUGAUGGACAAGCUGGCGAGAGAGAAAAACCAGAACUGAGCAGGCUCAAAUAUUUUCACUUGUCAUUCACAAUUUUGAGCUCUAGUGAGAGAGGGAACACAUUGUGAUCAAAUUAAUCUAUAUGGGAGGUUAUCUGCUAGUUGAGUUGAUGGUGGACUUGAAAAGACAUUCAUAUUGCUUAUAUCAAAUUUCUUAUACAUAUUAUGGAUUUAUAUUGAUUUCCAAAUGUGUUCUUUUUUUUUUUUAAAUAAUAAUAAUUUGAAUGUUAAAUCUUGGAAUCCAUUGUCAUUUUUAUUUUUAUGAUUUUUUUUAAAUAAAAUAGUUUUAGCCAAAAGGUGAAAAGGCUUGUAAAUAAUUAAUUAAAGGGGAUAAAAGGGAUUGUUCAUGAUGUAUCACUAAUAAUUGGAUUUUAAAAUGACUGUCACUUUUUAUCAUUAGUCAACAACCUAUUUAAUUUUUAUGGCUAUCACACAUUGCGUUUCAUGUAAAACAAAGAAAGGAAUUGAUUUACCAAGUAACAGAGUUUUGCAUUAGAGCAAUAAGAAAUGCCAUAAAUACUAGAAAGCUUUGUUUCAAGAACUUUAAUUGAAAUGCUCACAGCUGCUACUGAGCUUCAGAAAAUCAUGUGAGGUAUACCUAAAGAUUCUUGUAUCAUGGAACAAAAAUAAAACACAAUAUAAAUCAUUACAAUAUUGAUCGACAUAGUUUAAAAUGAUUCAGUUCUUUUAAUACAAGUAAAAGUUAAAAAAUGCUUUGCAUUAUAAAGAUCUUAAUUGUUUGCUGAUUAAAUGUUUUGAUUUACUACAGAGGAACAAAUGUUGGUUGAAUUGAGUCUUGACUGUUUUGUCUCAGAAUUCACAUGAAAAUGGCAGGCUAUAGAGGACUUUCACUGACGUCACAGGUUAUUGUUUAUCACACAGCGUCCACCAUAUUGCUGGGCAAACAAAGAAACAGCCGUGACGGUUCAUAAUGAAAAUCGAGACGGCUGCAGUCAGUAUAAUCUCUCUGAAAUGAUUAAAAAUUUAGAUUAUACCAGUAGAUCACAUUACAUUCAAAAGCUGAAACAUGUAGGCAUCACAGAUCCAUAUAAUUUACCUACAAAUUUAUUUAUUUAGUUAUUCUGCUCUGUGUGCACGCACGCUCGUUCACGGCUUCAAAUGCAGAGGAGGAAUUUCACUGUGCUUGAGUUUACAUGUGACAAAAAAUUUGGGUUCGCAGUGAAAAGUUAAACCAGGCUUAUCGCCACGUCUCUUAUUACAUCCAAAAGCACUACAGGUCUCUGGCGUUGUUCUUUUCCAUGUAACUUCUACAAGUUUAUCUGUUGAUGUUGACUGAAUUUGGCUUACAAUCACUUGCAUACACUUGUGCUGGUCGCUGGCAAACGCAAAGCUUGCCUGGCAACAUGGCUGCGUUUAAAAAAAAAACAAAAACAACCCAGUUGUGAUGAUGUCAUGUGAAAGUCCUCUAUAGCCUUAUUGAAAACAGAGAAAUGUUGAACAAUUCAAAUAUUCAAACUGGUCUAGAUUUUUUUUUUUAGCAGUAAUGAUAAUAGGUUCAAACAUUUAUAACUUUAACUCUUCAGAUUAUUCCUGUAAGCCUUUUGCUAGUGAAUGGUUUCAUUUAGAAAUUGUGUACAGUAGAAUUAGUUUGGGCUUAAGAUACUGUUUCUGAUUUUAUUUCUCCCUGCUGUCACACAAGCUCAACUCAAGAAAGCCUUUUUAAGCUCUUGAGUUGUAUCAUGCGCAUUGGAAAAGGGGGGGGGGAACAAAAAUAUACAGUACAGUGUGUCCAGAUUUCACCAUUGGCUGAAUAAACUAUUCAUUUUAUAAUGUC